UGUCAUUCGCGGAGGCGAACUUUCUUGUGCGAAGCGAAACAAGCAUCCCCGGCGCGCCGUCACCGGGGUUUGGCUUUGCCCCGUCUCACAUCCGCCUCAGGCAGCAGCCACACAAAGCCGCGGCCCUGCCCGAGCCGCCGCCACCACCACCACCAGGCCCAGCAGCACAGCGCCGGACAUCGGCCGAGCACACGGAAACGGAGACAACCCCCCACACCCCACCCACCCUCACUCACACGCACCACACGUCUUUAAGGAUGAGACGAAGUUUGGGACCAUUCUGAGGCGAUUAACAAGCGCCAAAGCCGUAGGUCUGCGUCUCUUCGCUCGUCUCGCCUCACCUUGUCUGUCCUCCCCCCCCCUCUCUGGCCGAUCCCCCCACUCUCUCACCCCCAUUCGUUCGUCGUUCACCAUCUUUCCGACUCCGUGCCUGCACCUUGGCUUCAUCUUCUCUCUCCCCACUCUCCCUGCCCAUCCGCCCUGCGAAUCCGCCCGUGCGUCCUUCGUCGUUGUUGGUAACGGCUGCGGCUGCCGCCGGCUAUCGUCGUUACCCUGCUACCUCCACCUCCACCACCUUCACCUCCACCACCUCCUCCACCACCACAUCCUCCUCCACCUCCACCAUCACAUCCUCCACCACCUCCUCCACCACCACAUCCUCCUGCGUCCGUCCGUCGGGAUGUCCUCCGCGGAAUACACGGUGCCCUGGUGGGUCUCGUGGCUCCACGGCUUCCCCCACCUGAAUUUCAAGUUCGCCAUCGUCUCGUCCGACUUCGCUCCGGACAGCCACGACUACCAACAGGCGCUGCUGUUGCUGCUGUGCCUGGCGGGCGGCUGCCUUCUGCUCACGCUGCUCUUCCUCGCCGUGCACUUCAUGGUGUUGUGCUGCCGCGGGGCGUCGCACCUCAAGAGCGAUCCGUCGCGCAAAGCCACGUGCUGCGUCACCACCUGCGCCGUCAUCUGUUGCGCGGCCAUCGCUGUGGGAUUUUACGGGAACGGAGAGGCGCACUUCGGCGUCAGUCAGCUGUCCGGCUCGCUGGCGCGGGUCAACCAGACCAUCUCCAAAGUGACCCUUCUGGUGCAGGGCACGGAGGGGCAGCUGGACGGCAGCGUGACGGAUGACCUCGCCGCGUUGGAGAGGGCCAUCCCGUACGCCAACCUCUCGGGGCUCGUCGUCCAGGCCAGGGAACAGCUCAAGGUGGCCGUGGCGCAGCUCGUCGGAAUCUCUUUCUGGACCGACCCGACCGCGGGAUCGAAGGAGAUCCGGAAGUUUCACGAUCUCGUGGUGUCUGCCGAGUUUUACCGGUGGCUCGCGUAUCUGCUGCUGCUGAUCGUGCAGCUGCUGCUCUGCCUGCUCGUGCUGCUGGGACUGGCCAAGCGCUCACGCUGCCUGCUUGUCGGGCUUGUGCUCACCGGAUUGGUUAUGCUGAUCCUGGCCUGGGGAUCCCUGGGCCUGCAGAUGAGCAGCGCCGUGGCUGCAAGUGACUUUUGCAUGUCCCCACAAGAGUACAUCGUGAACAAGACGGAGGAAUCAAGAAGGGCACCCAAAGACGUCGUCGAGUACUACGUCUACUGCUCGCCAUCCUCGGCCGGCCCUUUGCAGGAGAAGGUCACAGCCAGCGUGCGUGCCAUUUCCGACAUGCAGUCCAUCGUCCAGAAGAUGCUGCAGAUUUCCCGCUUCAUCAUGCCAUCCAUUAAGGUCCAGCUGCUGGCACUGCAGCAUGACCUCAACUCGACCGACCUCGCACUGCAGAAGCUCUCCGCGCUCGUCGAUUGCCACAACAUACACCAGGACCUGGUGGAGGCGCUGCAGGGCGUUUGCUACGACGGGGUGAGGGGCGUGCUGUGGCUGUGCGUGUUCUCCAUCGUGAGCGCCUGCUCGCUCACCGUGCUUAUCGCCAUCAUCCCGCACACGAGCCAGCCCUCUCGCAGCAGGAGAAAGAGGUACUCCCAGGUGGAUGAUGAGGAUCCGUUCAGUCCCACCUCGAGUCGCGUUGGGGGGCCCGCAAGGGCACGGAGCCCCCCCUUCACCAAUCCCUUCCCCUUUGGGAGCCAGAGCAGCCUGCAGGGUGUGGGGGGCAGCGGAACAACGGCCCUCGUGCGACCCACGUCACCCGCCCUCCAUCAUGGGAACCGCCCGUCCUCCUUCAGCCCGGCCGCCCCCAGGAUGGAGGACGCCCCGCUGCUCUCCCGCCACUCGCCACCUCCCUCCUACGCCGCAGCCACGAGACACUUCGACCCCUUCGAAAACCCCAGGGAGAGCUCCGCUCGAGUCUACGUGUCGUGAGGACCGGGGCAGCUUCGUCACCGCAAUCCGCACGCACCAACACACGGACUGACAACUGCUAACUAACAAAGACAAAGGUCCCCCCUUAUAGCCUCAACAAGUGCUGUUAGCGAGCACCUAAUGAAAGCUGGCACGGCACACGACGGCCACCUUUGUCUCCCCAGUGGCGAUGUUUUUCACAUCACACCAGGUACUCAUUUGAGGCAGAGUCGACCAAGGGGAGGCCUAGAAACCGAUUCGGAUAAUCGUCACCGGUGUUGGCCGUAAAGGUGAAUCGAAUUAUGAUCGCCUAGUUCGUAGCGCAGCGCGCUAACCGUUGCACUGCGGCUCCCCACUGCUAACGCACGCACACCGCCGUCGUUGACAUUUCUGAUAAUCGUACGGCAGCACCAACGAGCGCUGGGGCAGCUGCAUCCAACUUCAAACGCUCGCUCGCACCGCCACACUGAUCUGGAACUCCCCACACUGACGUACACGAGCAACACAAAUGUAUGUAUGCGUGCAUGCAUUGCUGACGAUCGCAUGCUACCAACUCGUUUGCACUGCCAACACUCGUACACACUAACCGACACGCAUGUGUACUUAUUAUAACACACUCGCACUGUCAACACACACACACGUGUACUGCUGACACCGAUAUGCGCUAAUGACACACGCGCACCACUAUGUACGUACAUACAUGCACUACCAUUACGCCCACACGCAUACACGUGCUACCAACACAUAUUUACACCGUUGAAAUCCACAUACCACAAUUUAUUUGCACUACCGACAACCACAACGUAACGUGGUCAUCACCACAGCCAUAAUCGGUCCACUGCUGGAUGAAGGCCUCCGGAAGCUGCCCUCCAUCAGUGUUAACAAAUAUCAAACCAAAAAACAUUAGUGCUGAGCUAUUUUUUUCUGACUUUAAUUCUUAUGCUAUUCCGCCAACUACGUGCGAUUUGCGCAGACACGCGGGGGAUUUGUUUUCAGUGCUCUACAUUUCUGCGACCGAGUUUUUGAGCUCCCCCUCGUCACGCUAAACGUUUGAGGCCACCGCCUCCGCACCGCCCUGCUGGCCACAGCGAUUUUUGUUUCCUGCUCGGGAGAAAAUUCCUCCAGUCACUGGAACUGAGCAGUGUCUGUGUGGACGGGACAAUCGCUGUGUUUGUCCAUGCACCCGCCUCCCACUUCGCCCCCCAAACGACUGCUCUGUCGGGGUCCUGGGGGUCACACGCAUGCACCCUGGAUCAUGGAUGCAGACAUUGGUGAUACCCCCCCCCCCCUUCUCAGUCGAUGGAAUUCAGGGGGUGAGUCAAAAUUUUCUUCAUUUCAAGAGUAACAAGUGUGGCUUGGCGGUCGCUCAUUCUUGUCCGCUACUCCAAUGGUAUGGAACCCGGAAAUCCGCCAGGCUUCCGUGCUGUCGGAUCCCUCCCCUUCUUCCCUGCCCUUCUUCCCUGCCCAUACCCAUCGUCACUUAACACAGACGCCCUUGGUGGCUAAUUGCCACCACCGCAGCAAAAUUAUAUUAAAGCUGACGUACAUUCCGGUCGGGUCCAUCGCGGCCGUUUCCAAAGCUUUUUUUUUGCGAAAUUAACAAUUGGUUUCUCGACUCGUGAUAUGGGGCGAAGGGGCGGGGCUGCCUGAGCAGUGGCGAGGGCAGGGCCGGUGUCGGAAAUAAGCCAAGAGGAGGACGAGGAAGCUCGCUGAUGUGCGUGGCGAAAGCGGUCGAGUUGGACGUUGGCUGUGCAGACGUGCGUGGGGCUGACGGAGGGAGGCGUUUCCCGGCUCGCCCAUGUGGUCCUCCCCCCGGUUGGGACACCCCAGAUUGUGCGGUGGCUUUAAAACGGUGCCUCCGGAGCACGCACAGCAGCAGCGCCAGAAGUAGCCGCCGCCUACAUGGACUGGGAACAAUAAUAUAGUCGCGCGUACUGGUUUGGCCUUUUUCAGUGAUAUUGAUAUUCUGUUUUGAAAUAAUCCCUUGUACAUAUUGUUAUUGUCCUUUUGCCGUUUCAUAUUUGCACGUGAUGGAGGUGGGUGGGUAGAAUACGUUUUCUAAUGCCCCCCUCCCUCAAUCCUCAUUACUUAAGGGGAGGGUCUAACACAUGUGACCCUCUUAUCUCCACUUGUAUUACACUGUUAACAAAGACCAAGUGCUGUGCAGUAGAGAUAUAACAGUGCAUAGAUAGAUUCAUGGUCGAUGACUGGAUUCUCCAGAUAAGAUGCACUCGCUCCACCCCCGUAUUGUAAAUCAAAAGUUGGGAGUGCGUCUUAUAAUCCUCUACCUGUAUAACUUUAUUAACACUCAAGUGUAGCUUUGGGAUUCUUUCUUCCCGGAGUGGCUCAUCAUCUGGAGAAUGCGGUAAUAUCGAUUCUUUAAUGCACGAUUGAUAUGGAUUCAAUCCCCCGCAUGUGUCAAAACAUUUUUUUAUCAAUCCACUGUUGGAUGAAGGUCUCGGCCUCGCCACCAGUCAUGGUGGAUUGUGGUUUUGCCAUACUUCACCACGCUGGUCACAGCGGGAUUUUAGUGAAGGAAGCGGGUGGGGGGGGGGGCAAAACCGGUUAGGAUUUCACUCGCCGCUGACAGAUGUCAACCGUGGGCCAGGAGUCAAACUCAGGUGGGCAGGUUCAUAUCGCGGAGCGUGCGCCGACCACUGCGCAACCGUUCCCCACGUGCCCCCCUCCCCCACACCUCGAGUGUGUAUAAUCCGGGACCAUUCUGCUUUGAGUGUUUUUGUCGUCACAGCUUUUUGGUCGCCCCCACUGGCACAGUGGAGCAUUAAUAAAUAAAUAAAUGGGCUUGAAAUUCGAACCCUCCGCUGUGAGACGAGGCUUGAAACCACAAGAAUGCAGCACACUGUGUUGCUUUAUUAUACUCGUGCCAGCACUGUGGCAAUAAGAUGCUGCCGCAUUGUCCUGGUUUAUGGCACCGGACCGGCAGUCCAGAGGUCGCCGGUUAAUUUCGAUCUUCUGGCACGGCAGCUGAAAUAAGGGUGCAAGUUUCUUAAAUCCGCCAACCCCCACCGCCUCGUUUCCAACCCAGCGGUGUAAAUGGGUCCAUCGCAGUGAAGUCGAUGGGCAAGUCGCGCGUUGUAGUGGUGGGGUGACGUGUGGGCACACCUCUUCUCUUCCAAAGACGUCUGCCCAGCCUGGAAGAGUAGGCCAAAUACACUCCUAGAGGGGGCUCUAGAACUAAUUCCACCAGCGUCUUUUACUUUUACCGGUGUGAAAUGUACGGUUUGGUUUCAAACGGCGUGCUCGUCGAACGCUUCUAGACUUUCUGGUAUAUUUCGGUAUAUGCCGCGUGUACAUAAACCCCCAGUGGUCUUUCGUCAAUCGACGACUGGAUGAGGACCUACGCACACCGUGCGGGAUCGUUCGGGGUGGGGGGGGGGGGGGUUAUUUCACCACGCUGCUCAGUCGGUGCUGUUCGGUGAAGGCAGGGAAGCACAGACGGUAGCGUUCGAAGAACAUCAGUAGAGUACAGCUGUCGUCUUCUUGCUGAACUGCCCUCUGCCGAUAACGUAUGCCCGCCAUCAACCGUACACCACGUGUUUCUCUGCAUAGCGGUCACCUAUUCAAGCUAUGCAAAGUGCCAUGAUAUAACUUAACUAUAAAAUACAAUGCAACGGCGGAUGGACUGUCUCUGCCAUGCCAGUGUGGAAUUGACACCGCUGGCUCGACCGAGAUGAGCGCGCUUCCCCUUUGCUCGCUUUGAGCGGCUCAGACAACGUGGACCCCUUUUUGUGUCUCUUUUGAAGGCGUCAAUGGCCCUACAUUUUGUUUAUAUCUUAUAAAACGUUAGCGCGCGGGUGGGGCCGGGCAGGAGGUAUGGGGUGAGACAUCCUUCUGGGGGGAAGACUCGUCCCCGACUUAAGUGCCUUGAUUCCAAGCACCGCAGCGUGGCGUUAACUCAGGGCUCGGGAAGAUUGACCUCGCCGAGAGCCGAAGAUGACCUUCGGACGCAUUCUGACCGGCCGACCGCUAAUUCGCGUUCGUAACUCGAGAACGUGAUCACGUGCUCGCCAGCGCGGGUGACUGAUCGCGUUCAAGUUAGGUCGACACUGUUGCCGGGUUGAAACUUAUCAUCGCCACUCUGGUAUCCCAUUAAUGUGCCUAGGGCGCUUGCAGUGACGGCCAGGCCUCAAGCACUGAUUUUUGAAUUCGCACCAACAAAGCCACACGGCGUUGUCGAAUGCGAUGCGAGUGCACUUACGUCUGUUUUUGUCAAAUACUUACCUGCGUGUUGUGAAUACGUUUUGCAGUUCUGAAGUGGGUGCAUGUGUACACGCUUUGUUUUGAUAUACGCAAAAAAACUUUUCAAUAAAAUCUUAAAUUAAA